GCGCCCGUGACGCCAGAGGCGGGCGCCACACUCGAAGAGGGUGCGGGAAGCGGCCGCCGCGGCGCGCUGACAUGGAGUUAGUGCAGGAAGCGCGGGAACUGGGCUGCUGGGCGGCGGAAGAGAUGGGGGCGCCCGCGGCAGCCCGGGCCCCGGAGUCAACUCUGCGCAGACUGUGUCUGGGCCAGGGGGCCGACAUCUGGGCCUAUGUCUUGCGGCAUGUGCAUAGCCAGAGGAAUGUCAAGAAGAUCCGAGGAAACUUACUUUGGUAUGGCCACCAGGACAGUCCAGAGGCCCGUCGGAAGUUGGAGCUGGAAGCCACUGUUGCUCGCCUGCGGGCAGAGAUCCAGGAGUUAGACCAGAGCCUGGAGCUGAUGGAGCAAGAGACCGAGGCUCAGGACAUGGCCAUGGAGCAGGCCCUGCAGAGCAUUCAAGACACCCAGCGUCGUGGUCUCCUCCUCCGGGCCCAAGCUGGGGCCAUGCGAAGACAGCAGCGUGGGCUUCAAGAUCCCAUGCAGCGACUACAGAAUCAAUUGAAGCGUCUGCAGGACAUAGAGAGGAAGGCCACAGUAGAUAUAACCUUUCGACCCUUAUCAUCAGCAUCCCUGGGACUGGAGCCUGUGGUCCUGGGUGAUGUCCGAACAGCCUGUACCCUCCGGACCCAAUUUUUGCAGAACCUCCUAGUUCCUCAGGCCAAGGGAAGCAGCAUCCUAACCCCUCGAGAUGACCACUUUGGAGCUUCCUACCAGCAGUGGCUUAGCUCAGUGGAGACACUACUGACAAACCAUCCUCCGGGCCACAUCCUGGCCUCCUUGGAGCACCUGGCUGAGGAGCGGGAGGCAGAGAUUCGGUCCCUGUGCAGUCCAGAUGGGCUCCAAGAUACGGAGAUAACCAGGUCCCAAGCACCAGACCAGCCAGACUCCAGCCGGGCCCUGCCGUCCAUGGUGCAUCUCAUCCAGGAGGGCUGGCGGGACGUGGGUAUGCUGGUUGCACAGCGGGGCCCCCUGCUGAAGGAGCAUCAAAUCCUGACCCAGCGCCUCCAAGGCCUGAUGGAGGAGGUGGAGAAAUGUGCCCUGGAAUCCAGCGAGAGGCAGGCAUUGGUGCUGGGACUCCGAGGCUGUGGCCUGUGGGCAGAGCUCAAGGCCCUGCGUGCUCAGAGCCAGGAGCUGGAGGAGGUGGCUGGGCGCCGGCAGCUUCUGCUACAGGAACUACAGGCCAAACAGCAACGGAUCCUGCACUGGCGCCGGCUGGUGGAGGAGACACAGGAACAGAUCCGCCUGCUCAUCAAAGGCAACUCAGCCAGCAAGACGCGCCUGUGCCGGAGCCCUGCAGAGGUACUGGCUCUGCUUCAGCGAAAAGUGGUCCCCACAUCUGAAGCGGUGGCACCAGAGUCCCAGAAACUGCUUCAUUGUCUGGAGGAGGAAGCCCGGCAUCUUCCCCACCUUCUGUUGGACACCAUGCUUCGGCACAGCCCUGGAGGGUUACAGCCCCUGCCCACGGUCCUGCCAUCCAUCUACCAGCUGCAUCCCACGUCCCCGAGGGGCUCCAGCCUCAUAGUGCUGAGCCACAGAUUGGGGCUGCCUGCAGGGAAGGCUCCAGAACUGCUCCUCCCAAAGGCUGCCUCUCUUCGUCAGGAACUUCUGUUUCUCCAGGACCAGCAGAGUCUCCGGUCCUGGGAUCUGCUCCACAUGAAGACCAGCCUGCCCCCAGGACCAUCCACCCAGGAGCUGCUGCAGAUCCGGGCAGCUCGGGAAAAGGAGCAGAAAGAGAAUCUGGGACAGGCUCUGAAGCAGCUGGAGAACCUGCUGAAACAAGCGCUGGAGCGAAUCCCCGAGCUACAGGGGGUUGUUGGGGACUGGUGGGAGCAGCCAGGCCAAGCCGCCCUGUCCGGGGAGCUCUGCCAGGGCCUGUCCCUGCCCCAGUGGCGGCUGCGCUGGGUCCAGGCCCAAGGCAUCCUGCAACAACUGUGCAGAUGAAAAGGGGGCCCAAACAGAACUCAAGAGCUUCGUUUGUUCACCCCAUCAUAAGACCUUUGGAAGGGAGCAUCGCCCAGAUAUAUCAACCCACCGUCUCUACCCACACUUGCUGUCCCCCUCACAGGCUGUUCUGUUCCUCUCGAUUGCCUUGCACCUGUCUUUUCAUCCCAUCAAAGCCAAGGCAGUGGGCUAUCUGGACCCCACCCUAAGUCCCCCUGAAACUCCCCUCAUCACUUUCACCCUUAGCAAAACGUCAUUGAGCACCUGCCCUAAACACUGAGGAUCCAGCACUGAACGAAAUGGACAGAAGUCCCAGACUUCAGGAAGCUGUUAUUCUAGGACAGGGAAAUGGACCCCUGGCAAGUUAAGUGAGCAAAAUAUCUAGUAUGUUGGGAGGUAACUGCUCUGGAGAAAAAUAAAGCAAGCUGCGAAGAGGUGCAACUUUA